GCCGGCGCGGAGCCGGGCAGCGUGGGGGCCCUGGCCGCGGCGGCGUUGGGCCUCGCGCGCGGGGCGGUGGCGGACGUCCGCCUCGUGACCGAGGGCGGGUGGGAGAAGACCGCCGUCGCCGACCUGGCCGACGCUGAGGCCCUCGAGAAGUUCCUCGAAAGCAACGAGGACGACUGCUACGUGGAGGUCGGCCUGCGGGACCCCGCGGUCGCGUCGCUGUGGGACGGCGACGGGUGCCUGCUGGCCAGGACGUGCCUCGUCCACCUGUGCCCCACCGUGCCGGACGUGGUGCGCCGUUUCGAGGAGCUGCUGGAGGUGCGCCUGCCCAGCCCAGACUGCAUCACGUUCGCCGUGGACGAUGACGAGGACGCCUGGCAGCGCUUCGACGGCGGCUCCCACGGCGCGGCCCUUGCGCACGCGCAGGGCGGCGGCAGGGUCACGCUGCGCUGCGCAGCGCCCCUGCACGCGGAAGCCGCCGAGGUGGUAGAGGGCAGCGCCGCGUCCAGCGGCGCCAGCGGCGCCGGCGGCUACGGCGACGACGGCUUCGAGGAGGACCAGGGGUCCAGCGGGCGCUGCUCCGCACGCGCCGAGCCAGCGGCCGCCGUGCCCAGGGCCGCGCCGGCUCCAAGGCUGGCGGAGGGGGCCGAGGCGGCCCUGGAGGCGGGCGGCUGCCUGCCGCGCGCCGCUCCCAGCGCCCCGCCUGGCGCAGCGCCGGGCACCGCCGCCGCCGCCGCCGCCGCCGCCGCCGCCUCGGAAGCGGAGUGGGCGCCGGCGGGCGGCCGCGCGGGGGACUCGCCGGGCGCCUCGUCUGGCACUGCGCGUGCCGCAGCCGUCGCCCUGGCGGGCGCGGGGAGGCCUUACGCGGGCAGGCCUGGCGUGCUGCCCGCUGCGCACUGCGCCGACGCGGUGACGCAGACGCUGCCCCAGGCCGAGGCGGCGACGCAGACCGCGCCCCAGGGAUGGCUGGGCCACCCGCGGGCGGCAGCGGGCGCCGCCCUGGGUGCUGGUGCGCCGCGGCAGCCGCGCGCUGUCGCAGAGCCGCGGGGGCCGCCUGGGCCUGCGGCCUCGCUGGGCCACCGGGCGGUGCAGGCGCAGCCGCCGCUGGGGCGCGCGCUACGGCCCGUGGCGACCGCCGCCAGCGGCGGCUUCGGGGGCGCUCGCGGCGCCCUGCCGGCCACGACGGAGGCCAUGCUGGUGGAGCAGCUGGCGCGCCGCUUCUCACUCGACGCGUCGUGGGCGGCAGCGCCAGCCGCGCCUCCCGCGAGGGCGGAGCGGGAGGCCUACAGGGACAUGCUGCGGCAGGUGGCCCUGGGGGCCCUCGACCCCGCCGCGGCGCACGAGGCCUCCGAGCUGCUCAGCAGCCGGUGGCGCGCCCCUGUCAGCUCGGUUGAGGCGCUGCGGGUCUUCCGCAGGUGCCUGCAGGACAUCCUGACCGACGACCGCGUGCUCGACGUGGUGGAGCACCAGAUGGAGUGCCACUUCGCUGGCGCGGCCCGCGCCCGGGAGCAGCCAGUCUUCUGAGGGCCCAGCCAGAUCUGCAGGUGCACGUUCUCGAAGCUCGCCCAGAGGCCCGGCACGGCCUUGCCCUGGAGCAUUGGCCGCGCGGGCAGCGCGACGACCCUGGCCUGGCCCGCUCGGCGCGGCAGCCGCGCGCGGAGCUGGCUGGCUCUGCCGGCAGCGCGUCAUCGGCGGCCCCUGCUGGACGCGGCACGCCAGGCGCGUGUCAGUCAGGAGGCGGCGCGCACAGCCCCGGCCCCCUCGAGUCGUGGAAGACAGA